AUACAGAAGAAAAACCCGACUCACGUUUCCCCCAACGAGAGAGAGAGAGAGAGAGAGGGGAGGAGAGAGAGUAAUGGCGGCACAACCAAAAGAACAAGACCCACACCACCAACCCACAACUGUAGAACAACUCUCCGAUCACCACCACUCUCAAAAUCUUCUACAUUCGAGAAGUCCGUGGAUGAGAUGAGGCAAAAUGUUGAAGGACUCAGGAGAGAGAUUGAGGAGAGGGAUCAUGAGAUGUUGAAUUUCAUGAUGACGAGGUCGGAGUUUGAGGAAUUUUCCGAUUGUCACGGUGGAGGAGAGUGUUGUUAGGAGGCCGCGAGGUUUGGGGAGGUUAGGGUUUCGGAGGAGUGUUUUUUGGAGAGAGAGAGGGGUGUAAUGGGGAUGAAAUGGGUGAUCUGUAUGGACAGAGCAAUGGGUUUAGUUCUGAGUUUUUGAAUUCUGCGAUGUACAGUAUGAAUCUAUUGAAUCAUUGUGCCAUUUGAAGCAUUUUGUAUCGAGAAGGGAGUCCCCAUGGAAGGUGGAUGGUGAGUCAACAGGUGUCUCCUCUAAACUAGAGUUACUUGAGCAUGAACUGAUGAAAUUGGAAAGAAUUGGUAAAGGUGAUCAAUCAAAGGUACCACCAUAACAGGUGAGAAAAAAAGCAAAGAGAUAUCAAGCUCUUUCACGGAAGAUUGAUGAUCUAUGCAAAAGAGUGCAAACAAGUGAUCCACGUGAACCCACACUGAGCUCGGAGUUUCGAGCACAAAGGCAAACAGAGUUUUUGCUUGAAGCAUUUCGUCUCCAGCAGCAUGCAUCUGAAACUGGACAAAAGCUGAUGGCAUUGAAAACUGAGACGGGAAAGAGCGAUUUUGGGGAUGAGCUUGAAGGUCACACCAAACUGACUACACAGCGGUGCUUGGACUCAAUUAAAAACAACUUCAAAGAAAUCCAGAGGAACUUGGAGAUAUGGUUGGCUAGAAUCAUUGGAGAUCUUCAAGGGAUUCAAGCUAGAGAUGGCGCCUCUCGAGUAAGGGAAUAUUAUAUAUCCAGAUAUCCUUCUGUUCAAUAGAGAAAUCAUGACUCAACUAUGAAUCCUGAUCUAGCAAAUAUAUGUAUUCCUUUUUUAGCGAAUUACUAACACAACUGGAGCUUAGAAGGGAAAAAAAAAUGUUGUAGAAUAGAGACAUCAAUGAAGAACUCGUGUAAAUGUUCUGUUCUAAAUAAAUUUCGUAUGGAAAAAGAUGUGUAUAUCACCGAGUCAAAUGAUUGAAUUAGCGGCCCCCACAUGGAGCUCACUGAUCCAACAUGGUAUGAUUUGGUGGAAAUCUGGCUUAUUGGCUGAGAGAAAUUUAUCUGUACACUUUAUAUAGUAGCACCCGAACUUGGCCAUGGUUAUUUGCAAUUCCAUGAAUGUCUUUAUUUCAUCACUUUCUAAUAAAGUUUUUUCAAAUAGUUUCUUGUUUUAGCACUUAAUCGAUACACAUACGUAUCUCUGUAUAAACACUAUUAAAUAAGUAAAAUAAACCCUAAGAGAACUUAGUCCUGAAGCUUAGGGCUUGUAAUUGAUAUCAGUACUUUUGGCCAUACAUAUUUCAGAGUAAUUUAUGGAUACCAUUAAUGCCGCAUCAAAAUAUAAAUGCCACUCUUCUCUUAUAGGAUUUGGGUAUUUGGGUCUUUUUACACCCUUAGAGAAAUUUUAGUGUGACAU